UGAUAGAGUCCUUGCUCCGCAGCGACAGGAAUGUUGCUUUGGAGCAGCAGCAAACAACACCACUUCCCGAGAAGGCUUCCAGUGCUCGCAGCUUUGAUAGUUUUUGCUUGGCCACGAGUGCUCAGCUCAUCCGUCGGCUUCUUGGUGCCAGCUCCAAGGUUGGCUUGAUCCUGUCCUCUUCUCACCAUCCUGGACUGAAUUUCUGGCAUGCCGAAGGACUCGCGGCAAGACAUUCAUGCAAUGCUGCAGUCCUCGUUCGGAGAUUCCCUGGAACGCGAUCGUUGGGUCAAGCUGCUGUGCUGCCUGGGUGGAAGCAGCACGCACCCCGCAGCUAGCGCCCUCCUCGAGGAGUUUGGCGAGUCAGAGAUCAGUGUCAAGCACUUUCUCGACCUUUUGUACGGACCAGAGGCGGUUCAGGACGAUGCGCCCGAGGCCGUGUCGGCAGAGUAUGGCUACGAGGAGCCAAAGCACCUGGCCAGCUUCCUGAACGCUGCUGACAUUCGGCUGGUUCGGGUGGCCUUCCUCAAGAAGCUGCACCGGCUGGGGCAAGCCAUGCCUCGGCGCCAGGAAGCAGAGCGAGCCUAUGUGGAGCUGAGAAGUCAUGUCACCACGGCCCUGGUCACUCCAGAGGAGUUGACCGCCUGGGCGGAGGCGGAGCAGAAUUGCCAUCGCAUCAUCUCGGUGUCCCACGCUUGGGAGAGCCAGGAGCACCCGGAUCCCCAUAAUUAUCAGCUGGGGCUCCUGGCUGAGCACUUGAAGGAGACGGACUGGGUCUUCUAUGAUUACCUCUCGCUGUACCAGUCUUCCUGUGAUGAAGAUCAGGAGAGAAGCUUCCGGGCCGGCAUGAAACACAUGCACCUCUUGUACUCGCACGAAGGCACGAGCACCGUGCGCAUCGAAGGGCUGACGCCUAAGGAGUGCCAGAAGAAGGACCUGGACACGGUCCAGGUUUACAGUCGAAAACUGGGAAGGGUCGCGCCAGUGCGCAUCAAGGAUCUUGUCCUCAACGACGUGCCAUAUGCAUCCAGAGGCUGGUGCGUUACGGAGCGUGAGUGGUCGGCCACAAGGAGCACUUCGCGCGCUUCCGCCCGCCUCUCCAGGGCGGGCUUGGCCCCAGAGGAGCACAACCAAGCGCCGACCCCGCCGGUCCUUUUCCGCGACCGCGUGAGCAAGAGUGUGGGCAACAAGCUCCACUUCACUCGUCGGGGAGAUGUGGAUCCUGUGCUCAAACUUCAAGCAACGGUCUAUCGCGACAAAGCGCGGAGCCACAAGAAUCUCAGCAUGAGCCACCUGGACCGGACACAGUUUGGUAUAUUCCUGGACGCGCUGAAGGACUAUUCCCAGCUGGAGCGCCUGCAGCUUAAACACUGUGAGAUCGAAGCUGCCGCUCUCUGCAAGGCCAUCGAAGCUUCGCCAAUCACCGCAGUUCAGCUCGAGGGCAUCGACACCUCUCAAGCUGUGGAAGUGGUAAAGGGCUUGAUGCACGAGAAGAUGCGCCUGAUCUCCGUGGACGCGUGCGGCCUCCGGGGUGCGGAAGUUGCAAACCUUGUCCAGGAGUUGAUGGGAUUGGAGGGCAGACAGCUCCCGCAGCUGAACCUCAACGGAUUCGACAUGGAGGAGUUGGACCUUGUCGAGGCCGUGCGCUCCGUGAAAGAUCUCACCGGCGCAUCCGAACUGGAUCACAAGAGCGCCCUGAUCCAGGUUUGUGAUACAUGGCUUGGGCUGCCGGCGGAGCUCCAGGAAAAGAUCGGGGCCACAGCGACAAAAGCCAUCCUCCAGGCGCACUUCCUGGGCAACUUGAAGCUGGACUUGGAGGAAAAGGUACUAGGCGACGCCGGCGCCCAGGGCCUGACGGAGGGCCUCCGGGGCCUGUCACAGCUGCAGCAGCUGACGCUGCAUCUGCCGAACAACAACAUUGGCGAUGCCGGCGCCCACGGCCUGGCGGAGGGGCUCCAGGGCCUGACGCAGCUGCAGCAGCUGACGCUGACUCUGAAUUGGAAUCAGAUCGGCGAUGCCGGUGUCCAGGGCCUGACGGAGGGCCUCCGGGGCCUGUCACAGCUGCAGCAGCUGACGCUGAACCUGUGGAACAACAACAUCGGCGACGCCAGCGCUCGGGGUCUGGCGGAGGGCCUUCGGGGCCUGGCGCAGUUGCAGCAGCUGACGCUGGGUCUGAGUCACACCGGUCUCGGCGAUGCCGGUGUCCAGGGCUUGACGGAGGGCCUCCGGGGCCUGUCACAGCUGCAGCAGCUGACGCUGAACCUGUGGAACAACAACAUCGGCGACGCCAGCGCUCGGGGUCUGGCGGAGGGCCUUCGGGGCCUGGCGCAGUUGCAGCAGCUGACGCUGGGUCUGAGUCACACCGGUCUCGGCCCGGAAGCCCAGACACUAUGGCUUGCUGACACUAUCCGUUGGCUUGCUGACACUAUGGGUCUGAGUUACACCGUUGGCGCUGCCGGCGCCCAGGGCCUGGCAAAGGGCCUCUGCUUCCUGGUGCAGCUGCAGCAGCUGACGCUGAAUCUGUUUGACAACAAGAUCGGCGACGCCGGCGUCCAGGGCCUGACGGAGGGCCUCCGGGGCCUGUCACAGCUGCAGCAGCUGACGCUGAACCUGUGGAACAACAACAUCGGUGAUGCCGGCGCCCACAUCCUGGCAGAGGGCCUUCGGGGCCUGGUGCAGCUACGGCAGCUGACGCUGCAUCUGCCGUUCAACGAGAUUGGCGUUGCCAGCGCCCAGACCCUGGCGGAGGGCCUCCAGGGCCUGACACAGCUGCAGCAGCUGACGCUGGAUCUGCGCAACAACGGCCUUGGCGAUGCCGGCGUCCAGGGCUUGACGGAGGGCCUCCGGGGCCUGGCGCAGUUGCAUCAGCUGACGCUGAAUUUGCGGAACAACCGCCUCGGCGAUGCCGGCGCCCAGACCCUGGCAGAGGGCCUUCGGGGCCUGGCGCAGCUGCAGCUGGUGCUGAAUCUGCGAAACAACCGCCUCGGUGAGCGGGCCAAAGAGGAGGUUCUGGCGCUGCUGAACUCGUUGCCGAAGAAGGAGAUCGAAAUCUGAGCCGUCGCCUCAUCCGCCAAGCACUCACGGGCGCUUCCCAAGUUUGGUUUGUUGGUUGGUGUUUGCCUGGUUCAUGGUGACUGCGGUUGCCAAUUUGUUGGGCCAUUAUUGCGGCUACCUGGGCAAAGUCUCUCGCAUCAAUGGGUGCAUUCUGGUGUCAGUUAGCCAGGCCGGAACCUGCGUCUCCAAAAGUGAGCCAUGUCGGCAGCACAUGCUUUGGGGGCGGGGCUGCCUUCUUUGGCUUCCUGAAGUUUCACCCAGCUUUCUCAUGUUUUACCUCCCCCUUGCCUGGCUUUUCCAGCUGCCAAC